AGAAGCAGAUGAAGAUCAUGAACCGGAAUCUGAGCGGAAAGCUGGAGGAACUACAUGGGAUUCAACACGUGGAUACACACGUGGCACUCUCAGAGAUUAGGGGUCAACUUCAUGAGCUCACACGCAGUGUUGAGUCCUGCCAGAGCGAGGUUUGUGAGGUGAAAAGAGACAUGAUCGCCAUCAAGCAUGAGAUCGACUCGGUCCAGCUUGUCAAAGACGAGAUAGAUGAGAUCAGGGAGUCUCUAGACAGGCUGGAGGUUGAGAGUCAGAGAAGGAAGAAUAAACUACUGGAGCAGGGUUUAACCUUCUUCCUGGUGUAUAGUAUAUUCUCUGCAGUACUAGGAAUGCUACAGUUCGGAUACAAUACCGGAGUAAUAAAUGCCCCAGAACAGGUCAUUGAGAAGUUUAUUAGAACAGCGCACAGAAGACGGAACGACGGAGAAAAUAUGACUUAUGAACGUUCCACAUUCAUGUACGCCAUCGUCGUUUCCAUUUUUGCCAUCGGCGGCAUGGUUGGAGGAUUUAUCGGCGGUUGGAUCGCUAAUAAAUUUGGUCGGAAAGGCGGGUUGUUAAUCAACAAUUUGGUUGGGAUAGCAGCUGCACUUGCAAUGGUGUUCUCUAAACAAAUUACUUCUUACGAACUACUUAUCAUUGGACGCUGCCUUAUAGGGGUUAAUUGUGGUUUAAACACGAGUUUGGUUCCUAUGUACAUAUCUGAGAUAGCACCAUUGAACCUGAGAGGCGGGCUCGGAACUGUUAACCAGCUGGCGGUCACUGUAGGUCUCUUGACCAGCCAGGUUCUAGGAGUAGAACCUCUCCUAGGAACUGAUGAAGGUUGGCCCUAUCUGCUGGGUAUAGCUGUAUUCCCUUCAAUCCUUCAACUGAUCCUACUCCCGGUGUGCCCGGAGUCCCCACGGUAUCUUCUCAUCUCUAAAGGACAGGAGCAGGCUGCUAGAGAUGCACUGAGAAGGUUGAGAAACACGCCUCAUAUCGAGGAUGAUAUUGAGGAGAUGAGGGCUGAGGAGCAGGCUCAGCAGGCGGAAUCAAAGAUCACGAUGUUUGAGCUUCUCCGCUCUCCAACCCUCCGAAUGCCUUUGAUGAUAGCAAUCGUUAUGCAACUGUCUCAACAACUGUCAGGAAUAAACGCAGUGUUCUACUAUUCUACAAAUCUGUUCAUAACCACAGGACUGAGUGAAACCUCAGCUAAGUAUGCAACUAUUGGUAUUGGUUCUGUGAUGGUUUUGAUGACUCUGGUUUCAAUUCCUCUGAUGGAUCGACGAGGGAGAAGGACGUUGCAUCUCUACGGACUCGGAGGAAUGUUCAUAUUUUCCAUUUUUAUAACGAUAUCUUUUCUAGUAAAGGAAUUGGUUUCUUGGAUUUGGUGGCUCUCUGUAGUAUCAACACUAUUCUAUGUUGUCUUCUUCGCUGUGGGCCCUGGAUCCAUUCCCUGGAUGAUUACAGCAGAACUGUUCUCCCAGGGCCCAAGACCAGCAGCUAUGUCUGUAGCUGUUCUUAUUAAUUGGUGUGCUAACUUUAUUGUAGCCAUUGGAUUCCCAACUAUGCAGACACUGUUGGAGAACUACACCUUCCUGCCCUUCAGCAUGUUCCUGGCUGUGUUCUGGGUGUUCACCUACAAGAAUGUUCCGGAAACUAAAAACAAAACGUUUGACGAGAUCGCGACUCUUUUCAAAAUUCAAAACAAACAAAAGAACUUAAUUAACUGCGUGAAUAACUUCACGGCUAUAAAUGAGCCUGGACCGAAUCAAGUGCUCCAGAAGAAGAACGAACAAGAAAUGAAUCCUCCAGUGCUGAUGGGGAACAUGAGAUCUCCGUAUCCUAGUUCUAGACCAGACUCUCCCAUCUCAUCUCCUCAAUCCCGUUCUCACUCUCCCACCUCGAGAUCUAGAUCCAGGUCUCCUUGUUCAGCUGGAUCCAGAUCACCUGGUUCCCCCCAGUCUCAGGCUAGUGAGGUGAGCAGGCAGGAGAGCUGUCACAGCAGGCAGAGUAGACAGAGUAGAAUAUCCCGAGCUACGGGUAAAACUAGCAGAUCUCGUUCAGCUAGUCCUUCUACUCCUAGACUAGCCAAUAACUGUAUAUCUCCUCCUCUUUAUCCCCGGAAUUUUCAGUUCUCCGGCCCUGAACCCCCUCGACCCUUCCCCGACGGUAGAUAUCCACACUGAUAGAUUCUCUUCAGAGGAAAUUAUAAAUAUAGACAAUUCUAAACCAAUUUGUUUAAAAUGUUAGUAUUAUUGUAAAAUAAAGUUUAGAGUUAAAUUUUCCGGUCUUUACAAUUCUCUUAACAAUAAACUGAUACAGUGAACUCAGUACAGAACAU